AUGGAAAAUUCUAAUUUAAAAAGUUUUUGGUUUCCAAAAAUUAUUGAUAUUAUCCAACCUACCAGCUUUAUUGAACUUAUUGUUUUAUCUAUCCAUUCAGCUUUAUUAGACAUUGGAUUUUUGAGUGUACAACUACUUGAAGAACAGGAUGAGGGGAUUGUUAAACAAAGUAUGGAAGCAUCGGAAUCUACCUUAUCAAACCUUAAGUUAAUUUCACAUUGUAACUAUCAGUCUUCACUUCCUGACUCAAAUUCAGUUAGGAUACCACUUACAUAUUUAAAAGAUGAUGGAAUAAAUCUAGCAAUAGUACCUUCUGGAUGGAGGCAGCAGAAUGCAGAACAAUAUAACUUUCAAUAUAUUCAUCCUGCGUGGGAUGAAAACUUUAGAAAUAAUCGAGAUGUAGUGAGAUUAUUAAAAGUGAAAUGUUUUAAAUCUAGUGAGAAUGUUCUGGUAACUGUUGAUGACGUGCUUAAUAAGAACAAAUGCUUGGCUACUGGUUUUAAAAUUCCACAAAACGAGGGCUACUUUAAUUAUCAUACGUGUGAUCAAUCAUUGAUAUUAAAAACAAUUAAAGAAAAUAUUAUUGAGAAGCUACUUUCGGAAUCUUCUUUGUACUUUAAUUCUGGAAAUGAAAUAUCAAGGUUGAGAAAUUAUAAUGAAGUUAGCUCAAAUUCCAGCAACCUUUAUUUUCAAUCAAGUCUAUGCAAUUUAGAUAGUACGGUUCAACCUAUAGAUCCUUUGGUUGAUGAUCGAGGGAUUAAAGGAAAUUUGGUUGGACCAAAUAGUCAGAUAUUUAGUAACUUUCCCAGAACUAAAUUUAAACCCAAGUUUGAUCCAGUAUCAUCUAUUCCAGGUCACUCCGGCGAAUUAAAUAAUGACAUAUUCUUCCCUCCUGGUCCACCUGAUGUGAGCCAAGAUUUUUUUUUUAAGUAG